AUGGCCACUGUGAACACGAACACUCUUCUCCGGCUUCGCAUAAGUAGAUAUCUUCAUAGUAUGUAUCAAUUGAGGGUAGAAAACAUGAAUAACACAUUUUUGGCGAAAUUAUCAAAUACAACAAAAGAGAUAUUAUACACUGAAUUUAGCAAUUAUGAAUGGAAAGUACUCAAAAACGUAUUUAGUAAAGCAGAAGCAAUAUUUCCUAUAGACAAAGUUGAACCCAUUUUAAAAGAAUAUGACGAAUCACUAAAGAAGGCUACAGAAAAUCACUAUGUUGACCUUGAUGCAGUGUUUAUAGUACCUAGCUAUCAAAAUAAUUACAGGUUCCAUAGAAAUUGGCUGUCUAAAAUGGAAAGCAGUGAAUAUCAAUAUAGAAGUUGGUUUGUAAAUUUACUUUGUAAAGAAAUAUUUCUUGAUCUGAAUAAUAUUAUUCGAUUAGCAACAGGAGAAGUAGAAAAUAUGAAUCGAACCGUUCUAAAAGAUUCAUCUAAACACCCAGACAAACAAAGAUCUAUUGGUUGGCUGAAGGCUAUUAUUAAUGGUACUGAAAUACAAACGGGCUUUCUUGAAGUCAUUGGAAAUGCUAUAAUUGAAAACUAUAGAAAAAAUAUUAAUGAUCUUAAUAAGGUUUUAAAAGCCCUAUAA